AUGGGCUUUCGGAUUGAUGGCGAAAGAAUGAUUGAUCGACUUCGGAUGUCGGGCACCGAGCUAACUGGGUUUUUGGGUGGUUGCUACGACGUGAGGGUGGCAAAUCCGAACGAUCGGCAAGUUGGAUCAAGGCCGGAGUUGAUCGAGCGAGGCGAUGGGAUGGACAACUCGCUGGUUUGGUUUGAUCGUCUAAAGGCUCGCCGAUCGAAGUUUUUGGCGGAAGCUAGUUUGGUUUGGUGUGGUCGAAGGGGUUGA